GAGCAGAGACCCACCAGCUACCUCGCACCGGUGGUGGCUGGCCGCUGCUGCUGCUGCUGCUGCUACUGCCUCCCACCCACCAGGGACGAACCCUGAGACAUACUCUCCCUACCCAGGGGACCCAGGACCCUCCAACUGUGCACGUCAGCAAUGGAGGAGAAGAGCCUGUCUCUGUCAUGACCUUUGACCUCACCAAGAUCAGAAAAGCCUUCUCCUCCUUUGAGUUACGAACAUGGGAUCCAGAGGGACUGAUUUUUUAUGGGGAUACCAACUCUCUGGAUGACUGGUUCAUACUGGGGCUUCGGGACGGCAGGCCUGAAAUCCAAAUGCACAAUCAGUGGGCCCAGCUUACAGUGGGUGCCGGACCUCGCCUGGAUAAUGGGAGAUGGCACCAGGUGGAAGUGAAGAUCCAGGGGGACUCAGUGGUGCUGCAGGUGGACGGGGAGGAGGUGCUGUACCUAAGACAGGUCUCCGGACCCCUGGACAGCAAGUCUCAGCCUGUCAUGAGGAUUGCGCUGGGGGGGCUGCUCUUCCCUGUCUCCAGCCUUCGGUUGCCGCUGGUCCCGGCCCUGGAUGGCUGCCUGCGUCGGUACUCCUGGCUGGACCCCCAAGCUCAGACCUCAGCUUCUGGGACCAUGAGCCUCAGAAGCUGUGAUGUGGAGCUGCAGCCUGGAACAUUCUUCCCUCCAGGGACUCACGCGGAAUUCAGUCUUCAAGAUAUUCCACAGCCUCAGGCAGAGCCCUGGGCCUUCUCUCUGGACCUGGGACUCAAGCAGGCAGCAGGCUCAGGCCACCUCCUUGCCCUUGGGACACUAGAGAAGCCUUCUUGGCUCAGCCUUCGCCUCCAAGAUCAAAAGGUGGUGCUGGCUUCUGGGUCCGAGCCAGUGCUGGAGCUGCCGCUGGUCUUGGGACUCCCUCUUCGGCUGAGGCUGAAUGGGUCUGAGGUGGUCUUGAGUCAGGGUACGAAGACGGAGGUCCUCGCUCUGCCUCCCAUGGGUCUCGGCUCCCUCGUCAACCUCUGGGCCCAGCCGCAGGGGCGUCUCUUCUUGGGGGCUUUACCAGGAGAGAACUCUUCUGCCUCCUUUUGCAUGGAUGGCGUUUGGACACAAGGCCAGCAGCUGGACGUAGACCGGGCCCUGAACAAAAGCCGGGUCAUCUGGACUCACAGCUGUCCCCACACCCCAGGCAAUGGCACUGACUCCUCCCAUGAAAGCCUCGUCUGAGCUGCCCUGUGGCCGAGCGGUUAAGGGAGUCAUCCCAAAUGACCAACUGACUGUGCAGUUUGCAUCCCAGCCCUGGCAGCUUGAAAAACAUGCCAGGCACAUGUACU